AGGAGGGCGGGGAACCCCCGCGGCCGGUUCGCCCUCCCCCCCGGGCGCGUACGUCGUGGCGGCGCCGCCCGCCCAGCCCCCGGACUGCGUGUCGGUCAGUCCCGCGGGGGACUGCUGCCCGUCCCUGGCGUGCUACCGCGAGUUGCCUGCCGGCAUCAAGUUCGCCGUCGGCGUCGCGCUGCUGCUGAACGUGCGGGGAGCGGUGCGGUACCUGUCCAUGCCGGCGGUGCGGAACAGCAGCGCUUUUGGCAAGAACGUCCUCAUCGCGGCCGUGUGCUUGCAGGUCCUCUACACGCUGUUCGGGCCGUGAGCGCGGCCUGCGCCCUCCCCCUCCCGGCGAGGGGGCGGUGGUUGCCGCGGCCCGCCCCCAGACGGCAGGUCUCGCCCCCGCCUCCAAGA